AUGAGAUAAAACCUAUCAUUAGUAAGAAUCGUAAAUCUAUGCAAAAAAUGAGUGAAUAUAUAAAGGGAUACCACAAGUUUAGCAGAACACCGUCUAAAGAUUUUAUAGAAAUAUUACAAACCGAAAGUAGAAUAUCAAGCCGUGGAAUUUCCAAGUGACAAAAUCGAUAAUCAAAUGUUGUUAACGAGGUACAAACAGUAUAUGUUUUGCAUGUACUUGAAAUUUUAAAAUGCAUGCCUAUGAAUUCUAGUUGGAUAUUUUAUGCACUAUAUAUAAGACGAGAUUUACAAGCUGAUGAGGUUAUUUGUUGGAAAUAAGUUUCAUUUGAUCCAUCUGGUCAAGGAGUUACCGCCAUUUUGAUUCAUAAGGUAUACACACUAUGGAUCCAAGCUACUGUCUCCAGGACGUUGUCCGAUGUGACUUGUGUAAGGAAAACCAAGUACAGAGCUACUGUGACUUUUGUCAAGUCAACCUCUGUAAGCCCUGUGUAGGUGAACACAUUUCUGAUGAGUAUGAAAAACACAAAAUAGUUCCCUUCAAGGAGAGGAAAUCAACCUUAAUGUUUCCAAUAUGUAACACGCAUUCAAAAGAAACAUGCAAAUUACAGUGCAAAUCAUGUACAGUGUUUAUUUGUGCUUUAUGUUCUGCAUCCGCCAAACAUAAAGGUCAUGAAUUUAUAGUCCUUGAAGAUUUCUACAAUACAAAGAAAGAAGUUAUAAAAAAGGAUACUGAAGAAAUAGAAAAUGUUAUUGUUCCAACUUAUGAAGAAAUUAGAAACGAGUUAAUCAAACAAAUUGCUAUGCUGGAUGGGGACUAUGAGAAAAUUACAGCAGUUAUGUCAGAACAAGGAGAGAAAUGGCAUACAGAAAUUAAAAGAGUUAUCAACAAGAUGAAGAAUGAAAUAACAGAGAUGAAAGAGAAACACCGCGACAUAUUGAAGAAACAUUUAACUGAAAUCAAGCAAAAUGAAGCCUUGAUUAAAGGAAACUUAUCUGCUCUAAAGAAAGUUGAAGAAUCCAAUGAUGUAUCUAUAAUCGUAGAAUACAGGCCCCAAAGUAAUGAAUUCAGGAAAUUUCCUGCAAAAGUUCAGGUUACAUUGCCAACAUUUUGUCCCAAGUCAUUCAACAGAAAACAAGUCUAUGAAAUGUUUGGAUCCCUGAAACCUUUCGUCUUUACAACAAAUGAAAAUGGCUACAAUAUAAAGUUACUAAAAGGUAUUAACAGGGAACUGUUAGAUAGUCCUGCGGUUAUCAAUACUUUUAACACAGGGUAUAAAGAUCUCCACAGUAUUUCUUUUCACAGUGAAGAAGAAAUUUGGACAAGUGCUAAAAUUGCUGGUGAUAUAAAGUGCUUUAAUGCCGAUGGCAUGUGUAUCAAAUGUAUCAAAACACAUUUAAGAGAUAUGCCAAUUGAUAUAGCAGUUACAAGUAGAGGUGAUUUAGUAUAUUGUGACUUUAAAUCAAAAACUUUGAACAAACUGAAGGAUGGAAAGAUACAAAAAAUAAUUAAAUUACAGGGAUGGACACCUAUCAAUCUGUGUGUCAUCUCUACUGAUGAUGUUCUGGUUAGUGUAUUUAACGAUGACAAAACUCGAUCGAAAGUUGUCCGAUACUCAGGCAGUACAGAGAAACAAACUUUUCAAUUUGAUGAUCAUGAUAAACCUCUUUACUCAGGAAAUAAUAAUAUUAAAUAUAUCACUGAGAACAGAAACCAUGACAUAUGUGUUGCUGACUGGGGGGCUGGUGCAAUUAUCGUAGUAAAUCAGGAAGGGAAACUUAGAUGGAGAUACACCGGUCAUUCCUCAGGAGCCAAUAAGAGACUGAUUAAACCCCAUGGCAUCACAACAAACAGUCAGAGUCAGAUCCUGGCGGCAAUCAGUAACAACCACUGCAUCCACAUAUUGGACCAGGAUGGACUGUUCUUAAGUUACAUCAACAAUGUGAAGAAUCCAUUGGGUUUGUGUGUUAAUAAACAAGACAACUUGCUCGUUGCUGAAUACUUUACGGUGGAUGUGAAGGUGAUCAGAUAUUUUAAAUGAAAAGCAUUGUGCAAAUAAUGUAUGUUGUAAAUUGAUUAGUGUUGAAACUCUUUUCUUCACUAUAUCUAUAUUACUACAUUAAAAUAAUAGACUCGAAUUUUCGAUCUUUAAUACCGAUAAAUCAAAAGAAUACUGUCUUUUAUUUUAUAUAUUCU